AUGACCGGGAAGAGCCAUCAUGUGAACCAAAUGGACCGAGCUUUGCGCCAAUUGCACGACAUAGCAUCGUCGAAGGAUGUCGAGGUGGACAAGGAUACAAUCGAGAGCUUUGUCGCGGCAUUGUUUCGCCGUGCAGUGCGUUGUUUGCUUGAGUCACGCGCAACAGCGGAACUAUGCUGUUUCCACUUGUUUCAAACAACCCCAGGGCAGCAACACACACCAAGUUUGCUGAACAUCCUACAAGUGCAAGACCACGGGACAAAGAAGUCGACGCUCGGAGUGUUACUCGGAGUUGCCCUGGACCACUUGCGCACAUUCCUCAAGGACAUGCAAGACGCGUUGCGCCAUGCCAUCGGCGGACAUGUCGGAUCCAUUGCCCAGACAUGCUGCAAUUUGCUUGUAUCAUCCCAAUUGCCGUCCAAGGCGCGGAGUGCAUCCGGCGAACUGGUUGCAUUUGUCGUCAAGCACUAUCCGAAAGGUGCCGCGACAGGUCUGGCGAUGACCACGCUCCCCGAUCGAUACCUGAACGAGCUCAAUUCUUCCAAAUGCACACAAAGUGUCAAAGGGGUGAUGCUGAACGUGUUGGGGAGUCUCUUUCACAAGUACCCGGACGAAAUGGCAAGUCACCGAGCCAGUGUUCAGCUUUGGAUUGACGCUGCUCUGGGGAAACAAUUCGGGUCGAACAGCUCGCCAGAGUUGCAAGUCAUCAGCGGAUGUUUCGUCUGCCUGACGGAAAUGCUGGAUGCCACCACCUACGACAAGUCCAAGCGGGACGCGUUGUUCCAGUUUAUUCACGUGACGCUGGCCACGGCGGCGUCUGGCAACCUCUCGCGUCUCGCCAUUGUCAAGUCGUGCCUUGGGCUGCUAAGCAAGCGCAUGGACAUUUUUGCCGACAACAUCAUGGACGCAAACCCGUACGAAUUUUACUCCCUCAUGCUCUACUGUUGCUCGAGCUCGAACAAAAAGAUUCGAAAGCCCGCGUUUGCGUGCCUCGACGCCAUGUUCAGCGUCAUCGCGCACGGUUUAGUCGCAGACGUCCCCACGCACAAGAAAACAUUCAACCGAUUUCUCAAGGAAUUCCUGUCAUGCGUGACAGAUAAACUGGCCGACGACAAGGCAUCGGUCGCACUGGCCGGGCUCGGCAACUUUGCCUCGAUCGUGCCGGCCUUUCUUACCAACGACGCGCUCGCCAAGAUCUGCACCAGGCUGAUCAAGUACGGCGAGGACCUCAUGGCUGUCCGAGACGGGAAGCGUGUCAAGUGGAUGCUGCUGUGCCGCUACACGACAUGCUUCGCGCGGUUCAUUCAAAAGAUGGAGCGCCACGACAGUGUUGUGCAGAAUUUCGCCGUCGAAUUGGUCGGCCGCAUCUUGGACGCGUAUCCUGCUAGUGCAAUCUACGUCAAGUACCAAGCCGAGGUCGCAUUCGUUGCGAUUGCCGAAUCAUUUUACUCCGAUUCAGCGGCGGACGUGUUGAAGCGAAUCGUGCAGCACGGCAUGUUUCUGACCGUGUCGACCCGCGUGAAUCCAUCUGAAUCUGACAUGAUGUUUCAUCCCGAGACGGGCCUUCCCGAGUCCCGCCUGCUCUUUGAAUACGAGGUGCUCUGGCGGGGGUGCUUCAUGCGAAUGCACGAUCCUACUUUACAACAACGUUUUGUCAAUGCGAUGGCGGAUGUGACGUUGUCCAUCCUUGAUCGGUUGGACCUGCGCUACGAGCUCAAGAUCGAUCGUGCCAACGACUUGACGUCCGCGUCGGAAUACGCUCCGGUCGUCGCGCGAGACCACACUAUCAUUCUCAACACCACUGAAUUUGUUGAACGGUGGGCCCCUUCCGUCGAACGAUACUUUCAUGCAUGGAUUCCGUUGUACUUGCAGCAGAUUCUCUCCAAAGCGCGUGCUUUGCCGCUCGUGUCGGCGUUUUAUCGCUUGGCGACGGUCAUGUCCCGCAUGCUCUCCGCCGCACCGUCGCUUCCAGACCCGUUGGCCGAGGAUUUCAUCCAGUUUGUUGUGGACGUGUCCAAUGCGAUGCAGCAGUACCACGACGAGCUCUUGAUCGCAACGUCGCUCUUCGUCCUGGCAGCACCGACGACGAUGGUAGACAUUUCGACAAUCGUGCCAGCUCUGAAGCAGGCCUUGAUCCUUGGGGUGUCGCACCACACAACCGCGGUCGCCGCCAUCGAAGCCCUAGACCUCUGGCGAGUGAACCAGCCGGACAUGUUGGCCCCUCUCUACCCCGACCUGCUCCCCCUUGUCGCUCCGUACUUGGACGCGACAAACCAAUCUGCUUCAUUCCAGAUCCAAGUGCUUCGACUGUUGGGGUCGUUGGGUGGGUAUUGCCGCUAUGUGGUCCAGGAAACGUCGCCCGAUAUAGCGAUCCCCGCUCCACUCGAUUUUCCGUUGGCAGUGGACAGCGUUCACGUCGACAUUUCAAUCGAACCGUUGUUGUACCAGAUGAAAGACCUUGCCGCCACGAGCAUCGACCGCACCGUGAAAUCGGCCGCAGGUGAAGCCUACCAUGCGAUCGUUCUGUACCUGUGCGGCAAGACUGCAACGCUUCCCCGAUCCAAGGCGCAGGCGACAGAAAAGUCUAUCUACUUUGACCACUGGCACCUUGUGUUUCCAUCGUUGCUGCAGCUUGCCGCAGACGCUGACACGAUCAUUCGAUCGCUCUUUGCUCCACUAUUGGCGCAGCUUCUUCGUUGGUUUAGCGGCGUGGCGACGCAAUAUCCGUUUGAGGCGCAGGCAUUCCUGGAUGCGCUCAUUGACGGCCUGUCGCGAGUGGACAGCGGCGGGGUGCGCGACUUGGCAGCUCAAUCAAUCACAACGUUUCUCAAGUAUGCCAGCAAACAGCCUGAAAGCACGUGCUUUUCGGCCCAUUCUCUCUUUGAGCGGUUGUUUGGCCUGUGCAGUCAUCCAUCUCUGCCAUGCCGCCUGGGUGUCGGAAUGGCUAUCAAUAACAUGUACAGGGAAUUUCGAGAAGACGACGAGUUGGUCAAUGUGUACGCCCUGUCGAUUGCCAAGUAUCUACUAGUCGCGCUAAAGCCCGAGGAGCCCAACGCAAUAGCCGUACUACCUCUAGUGCAAGCGUUGGGCCACUUGGAGAAGAUCGUCAUGAAGCGUGCGCCAGACUUGCAACACGACAACGACGCACGUAUCGAGCUCGGGGGACCCGAAUGCUUGAAUCUGGACAAGUUUACAACGUGGUUGUUUGCCAACAUUGCGAGUUCGGCCCCAACAUUUCGGUCGCAGUGCUUGCACUUGUUUGUGCAGUUCUCGCGCAUGGUCAACCGGACGGGCUCGUGCCGAGAGUGGCUGAAACAAUUCCAAAAGAACCACUCGGUCUCGCAGCUGCAAGACAUUUUCGCCCCGCACCACUUGACCAGUCUCGCGUUCGAGUCAGACAUGUGCCAGAUGUGGUACAACACGAUCGCGGCGUCAACAGAGUGCAUUGUGUGGGCGUGCGCUCCGACGAUUGGAAACGCCGGCUUGAUUGGAGAUGCAGUCCUCUUUGACUUGGGUGCUCGUACCGGCAAGCGCACGCACGACGACGAUCCGAUCGAUGGUUGCCAUCGAGUUCUUGUGGCAGCAAAGCACUUUGUCGAGUGCUCCAACGACUCGCUAUCGUUGGCGAGAAAUCGGGCGUUCCUCGGCGUAUGCAAACUUGUGACUCUCGCCAUGGAUGACCCAGUCGCUGUUCCCAUGCUCCACCAUCAAGUCAUGGCGUCCAACGUGUUGAGCGAACGAUUCUUUGACUUGGUCGUCCUCGCUCGACUGGACCCCACAGUAGUCCACUUCCUCGAGCUGUCCGCUCCCGACGCAAGCGACACGUGGUUGCGCGUGUGCAAAGCAUUGUUGCAACAUUCUCAGCUGCCACUUCGAACGGUCGUGGCAAAGCACUUGAUGGACAACCCAGUCUACGACCGAGCAUUGCUGUUCUUUAUGGAUUCCGACCUGGCACAGCGCCUUUGCACGACGUAUCAAUUGCUGGACAAGAUCAAUUUCUGGGAGAGCGAUGCACCGUGUCGUCGUCAGAUCGCUGACGAUUUCGCUCGCUUGGCGGUAUCCAAGAAGAAGAGUGCAACGAUGACCCCUGUCGAGGUCCAAGUGGCCCACACCGCGAUCGAGACAGCGAUUGCGCUGGGUUGGGACAUUGUUGCAUUCAUUUUGCAGCCUACACCAGACCAGUACGCGCUCUUUUCCGCCACGUUCGACAAGGCAAUCAAAGACAACGAUGAGAUCUGGCUCCGCGUUGUCCGUGGUUUAUUGGAUCACAUUCGAACCCAUCACGGGUUUGUGCACACGUUGCGCUACGUGCUCGACCUCUCGCCCAAGCGUGGGCACGAUGCAGCCCUCGCCCCGUGCAUCGGUCCGUUUGCAGCGUUUGUAUUAAACGCGACGGCAGCCGCCGAACAGGCGCUCUUGUUGAAAACGCUGCUUCAUCUAUUGCAAACGAUGCGCGAUCCGUCGACGGUGUCGCUGGCAGAGUGUGCAUGGGGAAUCAAACGACUGCUUUGCGACAACGCGACGUCGACAUCCGUGGCGGUAAAAGUGGCCGCGUUGGAGUUGAUCCCGGUGCUGCUUCAAGUAGACGCAGCUGAGUUUGGCCCACCACUAGAGGACGCCGUCAGCCACGUCGUGGUGCAUGAUUUCCCCGUAACGUCGUCGGAUGUCGCGGUGGGGUCGCUGGACUUUGAAAAGUUUGCCUUGCUAUUCCAAACGUACUUGGCCAUGCUUGCUCAGAGCGGGCACAUUGGGCUGUUGAAGACGCUGUUUCGCAGCCUCAACGAGAAGAGCCGGCACGCGUUCUUUGCCAAAAUCAACGCCAUGUUUGAAGCGUUUUGCGAAGACGUGCCAGUUCCCCGGAUUUCAUCCGUCUGUAUGGACAUCGUGGCCAUCCUCUUUUCGCUCUCUCAGACGGACCACGUCCGAACAACACUUCUGCGACAAUUGUUUGUGCCGCUCGUGCAUCGGAUGGACGAACCUGCCGUCGUAGCGCUGUACACGUCCACGUAUUCCCGUAUCCCCGUCGUCCAGUACGUGAUGACUGUCGUGACGAGUGAGGCAUCCCCGACUCAAUUUGUCGUGACGGCGUUUGGAAUGCUGGAACUCCUGUACAACUGCAUUGCCGGAGACACCAUUCGCCAGGCAGUGAAUCCCGUGUAUGCAGGGGCCCCGGCCAAAGGGAACGAGCUCACCAUGCGCUUGUGCAAAGCCGCAAGUCAGAAAUGCUCGAGUGCCGACCGUCCCGUCGCCAUGGCGGCGUUUCGAUGCCUCCUUACCACCGUGCGAAAGACCCAAACGCAGGAAAAAUUUUACACACAGCUGCUGUUCGCCGAUGCAAUAUGGCCCAACAUCAUGCUCGGCGACGAAGAUGCUCGCCAUGAAUACUCGUUUGACGCGGAGACAGCUGCGUUUCCCACUCGAUACUUGUCGACGACGUCCCGACGGCACAGCCGCCUUUCGCCUUUAUUCAAACGCAUCGACAUUUCCACGCAGUUCUUGGAGGGCAGUAGCCUCAGUCAAAGCGUCGCCCCGCUCGACGACAACCACAACGGUGGUGACGACGACUCGUUGGGUAGUGCACCCGUCGACAGCACGGAAGCAGACGACGACGAUGCACUUGAAUUGGAUGUCCUCAACUCACACCCGUGCAUGCUUCCGCUCAUGCAAACGAUCAAGCACAUGGAGCGGCUGUUUCAACCGCAGUGGACGAGCACGGCGAUGCCAGGUUGGAUGGACAAGGUGUGGUUCAACCUCACGACGCACUCGUCGACAGCCGUCCGUUUGUUUCUGUGUAAAGUCGUAUUGAAUCGACCGGCGCUGUUUGCGCCGUUCGCUGCCAAGUUUGUCAGCCCUCUGAUCGAACUCACGCUGGUCGUGCCCAAGCUAGACGAAUUCCAUUACCUCCUGCGGGACGUGUGCCAUUUGUUACUAGACACGUGGUCCUUGGACUCAGUUGCCGACGACUUGUCCCGAUUCGUGAACCAUCUCAUUUGUGUCGCGCCAAGCACGUCGACCGUAAUCUUGCGCGACAAUUUGUACUUGAUUGAAGCGUUUGUCACUCGGUUUCCGUCGCAGUGCCGUUUUCUCGACAUGGACAUCGUCGUGGGAAUGGUUAGCACGGAGGGCGAAGCGCUGCCCGAUACUUCGCGCCACGUGGCCGGUAUGCAAAUCACCGCCAUGUUGGUCAACCUGGCAUUCGAUGCAGCUGCUCCGGUUUCCUGGUUUGAAUACUCCCUGCGGAACGCGUCCAGCAAGUUGGAAUCGGCCGUGUUGGCGCGGGUUUCGUCUUCGCAUAAGUCGACGCCGCAAUUGGCUGCCGACUUGGCGGGACUCGUCUUGAAACACAUGCACUCGACGUCGUUCGAAUCGAGGCUGGAUGCGCAGCUGCACGAGUUCUUUCAGCUCGACAAACCCGACCGCUUCCUCGUAAGCCUGAAGCAGGUCGCAAUCCACUACCCCGCCAUCGUCACGGGCUCUGUGGUCAAUCGCCUCGUGUCCAUCUUGCCGAGGAUCUUGAUUCAAGAUACACUGUCGCUGCACUUUCUCGACAUUUUCUUUGCGUGUGACAUCGAUGCCACGACAUUGUUUCGCUUGUUGCGGGUGCAUAUGCCUCGCCUGUUAAUCCACAACAACCCCACCGUGACCGGGCGCCUCUUGGAUGUGCUGGCCAAACUUUGGCCGUCACUCGCCCCCGACUUGCAGCUCACGUUGCUGGAAGGAGACGGUGCUGUCACAAUCGCGUUCGAGUCGGACGCAUGCCAGAUGAAAGUGCUCGACUUUCUUUUGGCCACGGACAAAGCGGACGUUCCCAGUGUCCAUCGCAUUCUUCUCAAGGCGCUCACAGACACGAACGGGACCAUUCGCGACAAAGCGGGAGCGUUCUGGGAAAAGCACCUUCCGCAGUCUUGCGACCAUCGUCUCCUGGCGCUCUUUGGGCAGCUUUAUCAUUGCGAUACAACCGAAGAAUGGGUGCGGUAUGCACCGACGCUAUGGCUAGCCCUUGGUGCGUCAACCCCCGACAACUCGUCUCUCCUGUUCAGCACGCCACUGUCCGCAACGUGCCAUUUUGAUUCGGUGCAGAUCGAUACGUCAUGGGAGCGACGCACUCAAAACAUCCUGACACCGCUGUUUUCCCAAGAUGCCAUGGCGCUCCAAAGCCAACAACAGCUUGUACCGGGGUUAGUCAAGGCGACUCAGGAUCGAUUGUGGUCGCAAACGCAGUCGCAGCACCUUUUAUCCAGUCAGGGAGGGCCCUCCGCCACGUCAACUUUACAACCCAGUUCGUAUGGCGCAGUUCCUCCACGAGUCCGGUUUUACAAAAGAGCGUCGACAACCUCCAACGAUUCAACGUCGGACGAUGCGAGCCGCACGAAAUCGUUUUUUCAAGAUCGAGCGAGCCGGACAAAGCGCCACGAGCUGGCGCGCCUGCAACAGGAGAAGUCUAAAGGGGAGACCGUGAGUCUCUUUCGCGCGUAUCGCGUCGGCGAGCUCCCAGACAUUCAAAUUCCACGCAUGGACUUCGUGCGUCCCCUUCUCGUCGUGGCGUCGCUCCACUCUGCCACGGCGAUCGCGCUCUUUUCCGCCAUGCUCGCCGCAGUACUCCCGACGCUGCCCAGUGAGACCCAAGCGCAGGUAUUUAACCAGCUGGAGUCGCUCUUGCAACUGUCACACGGCAACACGUUGUUCGUCGCGGCUCUCCAUCAAGCAUACAUAACAUUAUUACGGCAACACCCGUCGACUUUGUUGUUGGCACCAGACAUCGUGGGCACAUCGAGCAUCUCAAGUCGAAAUCUGGCCUCGGGCCAGCGCAUCCUCGAGGAAAUCUUGAUCAAGUCGUCCGACGCCCAAGUGGCGGCGCUCGCGUGGAACCAGUUGUACCAUAUUCUCCAAGCGGUCCAGAAUGAACCGUACUUGCUUGCGCUGGCCAACGACCAGAGCAAAGUGCCUGAAGCGACGAUGGCUGUCGAGGCGCAGCUGCAAGGCGACUUGAUUGCGGCUCUGCAGUAUUACAACGACGCCGAAGCCAAGUAUGCCGCUCUUGUGACCGACGAUGACCACCACGGCAUGUCGAUUCUGGAGCGACAGAGGUGGAAGUCGGAACAAUUUCAUUGCCUCGCCAAGCUCAACCGUUGGGACUCGCUUCUACAAGACGUCGACCCAGAUCAAUUGUGGCACCACCACGAGCCAUUCCAAGAAAAACACAUGGGAUACUUUCUCCAGGCGUGCCUUGCAACGCACAACACGUCGAUGUUGGCCUUGUUCGUCAAUAGCACACUCCAGAACCAACCCCACGACAAGCUCCAGUAUCUAAUGACGCGAUUUCCAGACCUCAUGGCUAGCACGUAUAUCCAGCUGGACCAACAGAGCCAAGCGCGCGCGGCCGUCGAAGAGUUUUACGCUGGGUGCUUGCAUCAAUGGACCAGCAUGCCUGCCUCCCACCAAUACCGCCAACUCUUGCGACUACCUAAUAUGGUGUUUCUCGAUGAUGUGUUGGCUGUGGCCAAACAACACCACGGGGCCAAGUCGUGCGUCGAAAAGUGGAAGCCCAUUGCGCCACUGGUGCAAGAGGACCCUCUCGACGCGUGGUCCAUGUACUACUUGAUUCGAAACGUUGGCUAUGAAACGCUGGUCAUCGCCAACAACCAAUCGUCUACCCAAAGUAUCGAGGACAACAUAUCGUCGAUCCGAGUGCAUACCAUUCUGUCGUACGCGGAAGCAGCUGUAGCUUCGAACGUGUUGGCCCUGGCAGGAAGACUCUUAGCCGACUACCGAACGUUAUGUAUGCAAGCCCACUUGCCGAAAUUGACGCUGCACAUGGUACAAGUGUACUCGGCCCAAGUUUCAAAGCUCGCGAGCCGACAACUGCAAGUCGUCUCGACGCUAGAAGGCGACGCCAAGGAAAAGGUGCUGACACAAGUCUCCAACUACUACGGGGCGCUGAAUCGCCUCUUUGACAACGAAGAAGUUAUCGCGUUCAUCCCGACCAUGCCUGCCGCUACCCAGACAGAAAUCUACGGAUGGCAGGCGCGCGCUCUCAUGGAAGCGUCGGCUUUUCAUCGCGAGUUUGGAAGCGCGUCGCUUGGCGCAACGCUCGAAACCAGUGCCCUGGAGAUUUUCGAGUUUCAAACGGCCAGGGCCACGGCCAUGACAAGCAUGCACGUCAUGUAUAUCGAGUACCUAGACAAGUGCAUCGAGCGCGCGGCCAACGACAAGUGCCCUAGCGGCCCAUUUGCCCAAGCAUUUGUUGAGACUGUGCUGUGGGGCAUGGCUCAAGCAAACAAGACGUGCGCCGCGUACUUUCCACGUGUGCUUGGCCUCGUUCGCGACGCCCCAGCCAAGCUGUUACCGAUAUUGGACACUAGAAUGCAGCGUGUUCCGCUAUGGACGUGCCUACACUGGUCGGCGCAGAUCAUGGCGCUCUUGGAUAUACACUCGUCACCGUUUAACGACUGGGUCUUGAAUUUGUUGGAGAAGAUGGCCGCCGAGUAUGGCAGAGCGUUGUACUACGACUUUCGAUUGUCCAGUGCGUCGAUUCCAGGCAUGGCGACCAACCCUCGCUUCCAUCGAUUGGCUGCGUUGUUGCAGGACACGUCGCUGGAUCAAUUCGUUGCGGCGUUAGAAGGGCUCCAUCACCCCGAGAUUCGUCUGAAGGAAGCGCUCCGGUACCUGACCGACGUGGUCGACGCAAAGCCCAAGGCACAAGUCGCUACCAUCGUCGCGGAUACCCUGUCGAAGCUCUGGGAUGAUCCAGCCAAAGUGCUGGGCAACCAAAUUGGACGAUACAAUCGCCAGUGGAUGCAGCAACAUCGAAAACAUCUCGAGGGAAUGCUGGGCAAAGACGGCCAGUUGACGACCACGACAACACUCCACACGGCACGGGGCUGGUUGAGCCAGACUUUUCAAGUCAUGCCUGGAAAGUACGGCAUCGAUCGCCAAUGGAAGGCCAAGCUCGUCGACUUUUCCGACUGGCUGGCCCACCUGGACCCUGUAAAAAUACGAAUUGAGCUCCCUGGGCAAUACACCAAGCGGUGGGACAAGCCCGACCCGGCCACCCAUUCGUACAUUUUGAGCUGCGAACCACAACUGACGGUGCUGCCGUCCAAACAAUUACCCAAGCGAAUCGUAUUUCACUCGUCGGAUGAACGCACGUAUGUGUUUUUGGUCAAGGGUGGGGAAGAUUUGCGGCUGGAUCAGCGCAUUGAACAACUGUUUGGCAUCAUGAAUGGGAUCUUAGAACAGCAUACACAGUGCAGUCGCCGACGGUUGUCCUCGCGGACGUACAACGUUGUUCCGAUGACGACCACCAUUGGCCUCGUGGAAUGGCUUGGCCACACAACUACGCUCAAGACCGUUGUGGAAGAGGAACUUGCGACGUCCACGAAGAAGACGAAUCUGCUGCAGAGUCCACCUGGCCAAUUGUACGAAGGCUUUUGGACCAAGCAAAAGGGCAAAACGUACGGCCACAAGAUCGCGACCGCACCUACACCCGCCGUCGUCGCCACGUUGGUCCAAGCGCAAGCUCUCGUGCCGUCAGAUUUGCUGCGCCGACGACUUGUCCACAUGGCGAAAACGACCCAAGCGUUUUUCCAGUUGCGCGAUUGCUUUGGGACGUCGCUCGCCGCGUUCAACGGGUGCUCGUACGUGCUAGGCAUUGGCGACCGUCAUUUGGACAACUUUUUGUUGGACCAACGCACGGGAGCGGUGGUGGGGAUAGAUUUCGGCAUUAGUUUUGGCGCCGGCGCGAGUCUCCUCCCAGUCCCCGAACUCGUUCCAUUUCGAUACACACAGCAGUUGCAAGGGGUGCUGCAGCCCCACGUCGCCAAACUCCUUCUCCAGCAAGAUCUCGCAGCCGUGUUGGAUGCGCUGCGCGGACAACAACAGCGCAUUGACAGCGUCAUGCACGUGUUUUUGAACGAACCGCUGUUGGAAUGGCAGACCCAGUCGAAGAAGAAGAAGACGGAGCAGCUCGACAUGACAGAGACCGCGUCAAUGUGGAUGCCUCAGAUGAAAAUAGAGUUGGCGCGGCGGAAACUCCGCGGCGAGCAUGCCGUGCACAUUUUGAUCGACGAACUGGCGCUGAAUCCACAUGUGGCAGCGGUGCUGAAGCCAUUGCAAUCGUCGCUCCCAGCCCCUGACGUGCUCCCCCACACGAUCCUGUCUCCCGUCGACCAAGCCAAAGCCUUGAUACAAUUGGCAACUGCGCCAAACAUUUUGGGUCGCAUUUUUCACGGGUGGAGUCCGUGGGCUUAAGGUUUUCCUUGUUCGAUCGGUUUAUGCAUCAUACCGUCCAUCGGUGUAAGCAAUUUCGACGUGAUUGUUGUGCUC